AGGUCCCAACGAGACGGGCUGUCGACCAUCUCGUUGCUGCUUACUCUGCAUCCCAAGCCUCUUGUCUUACUCCCCAGCAUCAUGCUCGUCUACAACGGCAAGAUCAACUGGCAGCAGCGUGCCGAUAAUGAAUGUCUCACUGUGGUAUUCCCUGCUGGUCUCGCGUUGAAAGACCCCGUCUGCGCGUACUGGCAGUGGUCCGACACAGCGAAAACGAAUGUUCACCAGUAUGGCACCAUCAACGUCGUCAGAAAGAUUGGCACGGAGUACAAGAUUACCUUCGCUCUUACGGACUUCCUCUUUGAUGCGGAGUUCACCCCCGACUACAAAAACAUGACGCUCAAGAUGUACACCGCCACCGACACUACGACGACGUCGACGUCAACGCUGCUUCGUUGGACAUCCCUCCCCAACCUCGUCCCCUCCACCAAGGUCUAUACCGGCAAAUUGAACUGGGGAGAUUUCGCCACAAACGAGAUGAUGACGCUCGUCGUCCCGAACGGCAUCUCCCCGCGCGCGCCCGUCAGCCUCUACUUCCAGUUCACGGUCGACGCAGGGGGCAUCCCCAAGGCGCACCACUGCCUCAGCACCACCUUCUGCAACGUGCGGUCGUCCGCGCCGGGCCAGAUUAGGGCGUCGUUUGACGGGAAUCACUACUAUAAGUUCGAUGUCAUCAUCUUUCCUGGGACAGCGAACGCGAAGGUGGUUAUGAACCGUACGUCGACGUUCGAUAUGCAGCAGCACGAUUGGAGGCAGGCGCAUCGUAAGAAGGCCCUCAUCGUCCGCUACGGCACCGGGUCUGACAACGGCAUCUCCCUUCUCCGCGACACGCUCACCACGGACCUCGACUUCGACGUCAGCGACGUCGAGAUGCUCUACUACAACUCCGAGCCUGCGGACGGGCCCGCCGUGGUCUCUGACGGGCAGGGUGCGCCCACCGCAGCGCGCUUCAAGUCGACGCUCGCCACCUUCCUCUCGGGCGCGGAAGCGGGCGACGUGCGCUUCCUGUACCUGGACACCCUCGGGGCCAUCCGUCCCGGCGGAGAGGCGGACGUGGAAAGCGGUGUGACCCUGGCUGCGAACGAGGAGGGGACUGAGAAGGAGGUGGUCUACAACGACUGGCUAGCAACUGCCAUCCGCGACAACCUCAAGGGCGGGGUAAAUCUCACCAUCCUCACCUCGUCCUGCUUGGGGCGGGAGAUGCUGGGCGCGACCACCGCUACAGGUGGCAUACUCCUCUCCGCGUGCCACGAGACGCAGUCCAACAUCAAGUCCCUGCGCAUCGGCGACAACCAAGUCGACCCCUGGAUGUACGCCAUCAUCGCUGUCAUCAAGAAGCAAAUCAAAAACAAGCGUGGCGUCCCCACCUACUACUCCCUCUACAACAGCGCCAAGAAGUUCAUCCAAUCUCAGCUCGGCCGUCCACCCUUCGAUUCCGCCAAGUACCUGGGCGCCAGCGCCGACGAGUUGUCCCCGACGAAGCGUGGACACGAGGGCGCGAGCAAUCAGGAUCCCCAGCUCAUCUUCACCAAGGGGUACGUCAACCCGUACGAGGAGAGGUUCUUGUUCCCGUUUGUGGCCCCGCGCGGCGGGCAGCCUGAUGGUCCGGGGAUUGCGCGCUUCCCUCGGGACGAGUAUCCCAUUGGAGUUGGUGGCGCGCUGUAGGAAGGAAGAGCGAACUUGAAUUCGUACAUGGGGCAGGUGUAAAGCUAUUUGAAUGAUGAAGUCAUCCAGCGAUCUAAUGCC